UCAUUGAAAAUAUGUUCACACACAGUUACACAAACAAACAUAAAAAAACGCAUUCUAAGAACAAAAAAAAUAAAAAAUCUAAAGAAAACGUACAGAAAAUGAUAAACUUUAACUUUUCCAAUGUUUUGACAUCAUCGGUCUUAGACUACGCUAUUGAUUCAGACGGCGAGGAACACAUUGUCUCCACUCCCAGCGACUCGCUGCAUCAAAGUUUCUCGCGCACCUCGCUGCUGUUGCUUGAUUACAAACAAUUUCUGGCCGCACGGCGCAUACAGACUCUCUGGCGGGGCUUUGCCGUACGCAAAAUGGCCAAUAGGCGCGAGCAGGCGGCGAUCACUAUUCAGCGCUGGUGGCGCGGCUUUAGCGUGCGUCGCAAUUUCAAGUCGUCGAUCGAGGCGCGGCUGCAGCAGAUACUGGUCGACAGAUAUAAUGAGGCGGCGACCAAAAUCCAGUCCCUGUUCCGCGGCUGGCAUGUACGCCAGACGGUGCACGAUAUGAACAGUCUACGGCGCAUGCAACACUGUGCCGCCGAGGAGCUGCUCAGCUGUCUGGCCUACAAGCUGCAUCAUCUGCUGCGCACCUAUUCCAUACCGGGCGUCUACUCGCUGCGCAAUUCACACUGCCUGUCGAAGGUGGAGAAGCUGCUGACCAGCAUGACCUAUCGCUUUCACAACGAUCACGUUGCCUACCAUCAUGCGCGUAAGGCCUCUUCGAGCAGAUUCUAUCGGGAACAGUUUAUACAAAACAAAUACCACACGAAGGUGCCCUAUUCGGGUCCCAAUUUCAAUAGCUUGUGCAAACCGGCCUGCGAGGAGGCCGUCUUUACAACCAAGGACAUGGAUCGUCGCAUGUACCAGAUAAUUGCUGAAUAUGAAAAAGGUCAAGUUGAUCCAAAUUUGAAUAAGUUGCAAAGAAGUGUCGCUGACCGUAAAUUUCGCAAGCGAGUGGAGAAAAUCUUGGCGGCCAGAGACAAAGUGCAGUCUGACUUUUGCGGCGAUGUUAUCGAGAGCAUGCGCAAAUGGAACAUUUGGGAUGGUCAAUUGCUAACGAUAAACAAUGAUGUUUUCCGCAAUCCCGAGAAUCUGGAAAGUUUUCUUGCCAAUGCCGCAAAAUUAAUCGAACAGUAUCAAGUUACAUGCCAUUGUCAAAUAACUAAAUUUGAUGAGCUUCAUUGUUUUUGAUUAGCAUUCCCCGUUUGGCUUAUUUGUGACACUGUAAGAGUUAGGCAUGUGUCGUGUCACGAACACGCACGACUCGACACGUUUCGCUUCACGUCGGAGAGUGCUGCUCGUGCGUGUUCGUGUAUAGUUGAGCAAGACGGGAGCACGACCCAAUCAACCUUUACUGUUGCCACAAUAAAAAUCUGUAGAAUUGAA